AUGGCCUCUAGAACAGGCUCGAAGGAUGGAGUACAGUGCUGGGUGGCUGCUGGAGAUGUUGAGAUGCGCAGACAGAGCUUCACCGCAUGCCGAGCUACCUCGACAUAUUUCCACCUCCCUGGUUCUCCAGAUGUGCCCCAAAACACCGAAGUUGAACUCAUGGAGGAUAUUCGAGAGGGCCUCAAGGAGGUCUUCGACAGUCUGGAUUGCCGUGCACCAUUUAUACCCGGUUAUAAAGACAAGGAUGAUGCCAUCGCCAGAGCAAAGCUGCUGCGCAGCAAGGGUCGAGAGGGUUUAGAUAUCAUGCUUGUCUGUCUGACGCAAUGCGUACCCCCGAUCAAGUACAGACGGCUGGACAACUACGCUGAGGGUGUCUCAUACCGGGGCGCGGGGCUGAAUGUGCCGAAGGAUCUGGUUUACAUCAUCUGCGAACCAUUUACGAAGGCGAACCUCGUCGACCGGAGUGAGGUCGACUGGAGGGUGCAAGAUUGA